UGAAGUUGACGAUAACAGAAUCUCCCUUCUUCUCCCAGCUCCUCUCUUCCUCCCCCGGUUGGACCCUUCGUCUCGUCCAUCAUGUUGUUCCGAGCUGCGGUCCGUCAGGUCGCGCCCUUGAGGCGUCAGGCUUUCGCCCCCCUUGCCCGUCGCUCCGUCACCACCGACGCCGCUUCGUCGCAUGCUGAAAAUGUCCCCCAGGAGGAUGACAAGCCCUUCACCGUCCGCCUCUCCGAUGAGAGCUUCGAGACCUACGAGAUCGAUCCUCCUCCGUACACCUUGGAGAUCACCAAGAAGGAGCUGAAGCAGAUGUACUACGAUAUGGUCUCAAUGAGACGUAUGGAAAUGGCCGCCGACCGUCUCUACAAGGAGAAGAAGAUCAGAGGUUUCUGCCACUUGUCUACCGGUCAGGAAGCCGUUGCCACCGGUAUCGAACACGCCAUCACCCGCGACGACAAGAUCAUCACUGCCUACCGUUGCCACGGUUUCGCUAUGAUGCGCGGUGCUACCGUCCGCUCCAUCAUCGGUGAGCUGCUCGGUCGCCGUGAGGGUAUCGCCUUCGGCAAGGGCGGUUCCAUGCACAUGUUCACCAACAACUUCUACGGUGGCAACGGUAUCGUCGGUGCCCAGGUCCCCGUCGGUGCUGGUCUCGCUUUCGCCCAGCAGUACAACGAGGAGCCCACCACCAGUAUCGUCCUGUACGGUGACGGUGCCUCCAACCAGGGUCAGGUCUUCGAGGCCUACAACAUGGCCAAGCUCUGGAACCUCCCCGUUCUCUUCGGCUGUGAGAACAACAAGUACGGUAUGGGUACCUCCGCCGCUCGUUCCUCCGCUUUGACCGAGUACUACAAGCGCGGUCAGUACAUCCCCGGUAUCAAGGUCAACGGCAUGGACGUCCUGGCCACCAAGGCCGCCGUCAAGUACGGUAAGGACUACGCCGUGGCCGGCAACGGUCCCCUGGUCUUCGAGUACGUCACCUACCGUUACGGUGGUCACUCCAUGUCCGACCCCGGUACCACCUACCGUAGCCGUGAGGAGAUCCAGCGCAUGCGCAGCACCAACGACCCCAUUGCCGGUCUCAAGCAGAAGAUCCUUGACUGGAACGUCUGCAACGAGGACGAGCUCAAGGCCCUGGACAAGGCCGCCCGUGCCCACGUCGACGAGGAGGUCGCCAUCGCCGAGAAGAUGCCCCUCCCCGAGAACAACUCCCGCAUUCUCUACGAGGACAUCUACGUCCGUGGCAGUGAGCCCAAGUGGAUGAGAGGCCGCACCGUCGACGAGACCUUCUACUACUAGAUACCACCCGAACUACCUAGAAAUAUUGGAAUCUCGUUUUCAGUUGCGCGCUCGCGGAUGGAAAGCAAAGCAAUGAGUUGAAAAGAGAAAAAAGGAAAGGGAUAAUGGGCGUGAGGGAAGGUCAUCUUUUUUUUAUGACACCCCAAAAGAAAGAAAUUUAGACCACACCACUCACUCCCACUACCACCACUAUUGGGAUUGGCAG